GAAGCAGAGAAGAUAGUCACAAUCCCAACAGAAACACACAACACACAACACAAAAAUUCUUAAUCAAUCCAAAAACUAGAAAACAAAAACUCAAACAGAACCCCCAUCGAUCUCAUUCUCAUCACACUUUCUCUCUCUCAAUUAUUAUUCUACAUUUUUAUUUUUAUUUUUAUUUUUAUUUUUCCAUCCCAAAACCACGCCGCAUAAAUAAAUCCCCCAUUAGACCACCCCCUCAACUCAAACCCUCAUAAAAACCUCUCUCCCAUAUAUCUUCACCCUCAAAUACCAAAGAGAAAAACCAAACUAGACCCAACCCGAAUAUUAUGGUGACAAUGUUACUAACCUUACAAACUCCUCCUUUCAUAACACCAAUAAUAAUAGCUCUAUUUCUAGUCCUCUACUCUACCACCACCUGCGCCGCCACUUUCUCUCAUCCCGAUUUCCAACACCUAGACGUUAAACAGACACUCUCCGAACUAAGCUCUGAUAACCUCAUUUCUCCUUCCGCCGCCGAAAGUAACGUAUCCGAGUACCAAUACGAAGCUCUUCAUGCCGAAACCGGCGGAGGAAAGUGGAAGCUUAAGCUUAUCCAUAGAGAUAAGCUCGUGUCGUUAACAUCUUCCACUUAUGAAAAUGAAAAUGAAAUUGAAAGUGAUCGUCAUUACAAUCGGACUAACAAUAGCGGUCAUCGUACUCAUAGCCACCUUUUCCAUCAACGUAUGAAGAGAGACGCUCAAAGAGUAGCUACCCUACUCAGCCGACUAACCAAUACGACUACCACCACCAAAGGUUCCGACACGAAAUACGAGGUGGAUGAUUUUGGUUCGGAUGUGGUGUCGGGCAUGAACCAAGGGAGUGGAGAGUACUUCAUUCGGAUCGGAGUUGGGUCUCCGGCCAGGAGUCAAUACGUGGUGAUUGACUCAGGUAGUGAUAUUGUGUGGGUCCAAUGCCAGCCUUGCAACCAGUGUUACCACCAAACCGACCCAGUAUUCGACCCGGCUUACUCAGCUUCCUACACCGGCGUCUCGUGCAGCUCCGCCGUGUGCGAUCGGCUAGAGAACGCCGGUUGCCACGCGGGUCGGUGCCGGUACGAGGUUUCAUACGGUGAUGGGUCCUACACGAAAGGUACUCUGGCCAUUGAGACUCUCACUUUGGGUCGAGCCGUGAUCAAGAACGUGGCAAUCGGGUGUGGGCAUAUGAACCAGGGCAUGUUCGUCGGGGCGGCUGGUCUUUUGGGCAUUGGUGGUGGGUCCAUGUCGUUUGUGGGCCAGCUAGGCGGACAGACUGGCGGAGCAUUUAGUUACUGUUUGGUGAGUCGGGGUACCGACUCACCCGGGUCACUCGAGUUCGGGCGUGGAGCAUUGCCCGUGGGCGCAUCAUGGGUCCCCUUGGUUCGGAACCCACGUGCCACGAGCUUCUACUACAUAGGACUCGUGGGUCUUGGAGUCGGAGGGGUUCGAAUUCCCAUUUCGGAGGAUACUUUCAGGUUGACCGAUACGGGUACGGGUGGGGUUGUGAUGGACACCGGAACCGCCGUAACAAGGUUUCCCACGGCGGCUUACGAGGCUUUUCGCGACGCUUUUAUUCAACAAACCGGGAACCUGCCACGGUCGUCUGGGGUAUCGAUAUUUGACACGUGUUAUGACUUGUAUGGGUUCGUUUCGGUUCGGGUACCCACCAUAUCAUUUUACUUGUCCAGUGGGCCCAUCUUGACCUUGCCAGCUAGGAAUUUUUUGAUCCCGGUCGAUGACUCGGGCACUUUCUGUUUCGCAUUUGCUCCAACACCAGCUGAAUUAUCCAUUAUAGGGAAUAUUCAGCAAGAGGGUAUUCAAAUUUCCUUCGAUGGAGCUAAUGGGUUUGUGGGAUUUGGUCCCAAUGUGUGUUAGAGUAAGUAUAACUAUAACUAUAAAUAUAUAAAUUUUGUUAGUUUUAGUUAAAUUAAAUCCUCAUAUAUUAUUACUAUUUUUUGUUUUAGCUAGUUUACUAUAUUCUUAGGUGUAUUUCCUUGAAUAUAUAAUAAGGGUUCUCUCUUGAUUGUAAUUAUGGAUUAAAGUAGUUCUUUUUCACUUGAUGAGAAAGUAAUGUAAAAGAAAUAUUAUGUAACUAUUAUGAUAUAUCAUGACUUUGAGAUGGAAAUAAAGCAAAGUUUAAAGCUUAACCAAA